UGUCGAUUGACUCGGAAUGUAAAGGCUCAUUUUUGGCAACUGCGCUUUUCGCCGCUGCGCAGCCGGGCACAGUCGAAGCGACUUCUUGUCGCUGCCACGUUCACUGCGGUGUCUUGUCUCGCCGGCAAGGAAAUGAGAUGCCCACUUGGCGAUGUCAGAAAGGGCAGUCUCCAGUUUUAAAAACUAGAGCGAUCCACAUUCUCCAGCGCGUGACGACAUCUCGAUUCUCUCCCUCAGAGUGUGCAAGGAACGAUUCCUGUUUACCCGCCAGUGAAAGUCGCUCCGCCGGCCGCGGGUAUCCGUGUUUGUCUUCGGUAUUUUCGUCGGCCUACGAAACUCCGCGUUACCUCCGUUCCGUUUCCCAGAAUCUGCUGCUCAGAGGUGCCUGGUUCUGGGAACGACGCAUCGUGUCCCUCUUGUAACAACGGCUCCGCCAUUUUAUGGUGUGGCCGUCGAGAAAUACCGCCAACUUGUGGAGUUCACAGCCGUUUCGCGGUCAAGGGAAGAAGCGUUCAGGGUCCGCGGGACCAGAAGGAUUGGGGGUGUAUAGACAGGCGACGCUUCAUGCAGACGCAUCCGACACGGCUUUCCGCCGUUGCCGUGGAAGCUGAGAAGAGCGUUCGACCACUGGAUGCAUCUGCCCACUCCUCGUCUACUUCAUGUUCAACUCCCUGUUUGCUGCAGUCGUGAGACUCGCGCAAAAGCCCCCCAAAAUGCCUGGUCACUCGCGAAGAAGCGGCUCUCCGCAGCCGAAGACCCGCGAAGCCAUACACGCGCGGAGAGUGCGUGGCGCGUUCUCUGUGUGUACGGAAUCUGUAAUUCAGUGUCUCAGUGCACGAAUCGCAGAACCAAAGGGUUCUGAUUCUGCUCAGCAAUCGAUCGUUGUCUUGGGCCAGCAGAAGCUGCUCAAGGAAAGGCGCCUUAUAGGCAUGACAGCACGAAUACCGAAGUGUGACUUCGUGACGGCCUGGCCACUUGGUGCGCCGCCUGCGCUCACAGUUCUGUCGCCCUCCGGUCACUUUUUUGCCAGCAUCGUGGAGUCUGCGGCCGCAAAGCCGGAGAAGUCGCGGCCAGGGUGUCCUCUUUCUUCUGCCUCUCCAGAGUUCCGAAUCGAACUCUUUGGGAGGGGUCCACAGCACACGGGGCCGGUGGUUGCCCUUGAGGCUCCUCGCGGGACAAAGCCAUGGAGCAGCGCAGUCGGUGGAGGCGCCUUCUGUCCAGGAAAAGAGGAGCUAUUCGUGUACGUGGCAGAGGCGAGGAAGCGCGAGGGCGGAGAUCCUGACGACGGGUCGAACUCAAUAAAUGGAGAAGACAAGAAAGCUGACAGCCUGGACGCCUACGAGUUCAGGACACACUGGGGAGAACAGCUCGUGGGACAGCGGAAGGGUCGCCUCGUCCUGACGGAUUUCCGAAAACAGCGUGCACAGGUGCUGACGCCUCCCGAGUCGGAGACUGCAUGCGGUCAGCCGCGCUUCCUGUCCGACGGCUCCGGCAUUGUCUGUUCUGUCUGGGACCUGGAGCCGUACUGUCUGGGCCUCAUCUACUGCAUGAAUCGACGGAGCAAAGUUUGCCUUGCGCAGCUGCCAUCGCCGAACAAGACGGAGGAAGGAUCAGCGGACGAAAGAAAGGCAAGCGAGGAACCGCGUGUGGAGACCCUCGAUUGCGACUGGAUUGAGCUUUCUGGCGACGAAGACUUUGCCGCUUGGAGUCCGACGGUUCUCCUCGACCACCCCGAUGCCGAUCGCAACGUCCAGCGCAUCGCUUUUCUCGCUCUCGAGAAAGACAAACCAGAGACGUUGCCACACAUGUGCGCGCCUCGCGUCAAGGCUGUGACGCUCCGCCGAGAAAACGCGUUUUCGAGAUGGGAGGUGGUCGAGCGCCAGACACUUGCAGAAGCAGUCUCUCUUCCUCAGGGAGAAGAAACGUCUCUUUUCUCAACUGGAUCCGUUCCGUAUUCUGGAAUCUACACCGACCGGCUUGGCCCUUGGGUUCACAAAGACUUCCUCUUCCUCAACACGUUUAUCGGCGCCAGAAGGACUGUAGUAAUUCUCAGUGCCUACGGAGAAGGGUGUUUCGGCGAGCUUCGUCUUGAGGGAGAUUCGCUUCGAGUGAAGAAAGGGUCUCCGCCGGAAAACCAACAAGAUCUGUCUUGUCCAGGGGUCUCUCUCUUUCUCCACGACGUCGCCCCCAACUGGUUGUUGCUUGAGAGCAGCGCACUUGACACUCCUCCUCAGCUUGUCUUAGCAAAACUGGAGAUCUCCUGUGAGAACUCUUCCGCGGCUGUCCACACCAUUUUUGCGGGGUCUCUCUCCCUCGGUGGCUCCGCUGACCCCCAGGCGCUAUUGCCUUGGAGUCCGUUCGCGCAGCUGAAAGCCCAUCUCAAGAAGCUCGAAUUUCAGUAUCUUUCGGGUUCUCGACACACGCUGCUAAGGUGGAAAGAAUCUCCGAGACGCGAUGGGCAGAGAGCGCUGGCGGUGGUUCUUCACGGCGGUCCUCAUUCUGUUUCUGCAAACAUGUUUAGUGCCGAGGCGACUUUCCUGACGUUUCUUGGGUUCGACGUCUUCGCUGUCAAUUAUCGGGGAUCGCUCGGAUUCGGACAAGAGGAGUUGCUCUCCCUUCUUGGAAAAGCGGGACGGCAGGAUGUUGAUGAUGUGAAAGAAGCUGUCAGUGACUUAAUCGCGAGCGAUCCGGACGCUUACACGCCUGCGAGGACGGUCGUCGUAGGCGGUUCGCACGGCGGUUUCCUCACAUGUCAUCUCAUCGGGCAGUUCCCAGAUUUGUUUGCGGCGGCUUCAACAAGGAACCCCGUCACAAAUUUAGCCUCGAUGGUGGUAGAAAGCGAUAUUCCAGACUGGUGUGCCGCGGAAGGACUUCACAGAAAAUUCCACCCUUCUUUCGGGCUGACGGAAAAUGACAUUGUGGCUCUUUACAAAGCGUCACCGGUCGCCUACGCGCAACACGUCAAAACGCCUCUCCUUUUGGGUAUCGGCAGCGCGGACCUCCGAGUACCCGCUUGUCAGGGCAUUGCAUUCCACAAAAUGCUGCUUGGACAAGGGAGUUCAACGCGCUUGCUUUUCUAUCCGGAUGAGGACCACAGAAUUGACCGGCCGACCUGCUCAGAGGAUUACUGGAUCAACACUGCUCUGUGGUUUGCAGCGCACACUGGAACCCUUGACGCUCUGAACGAUGACGUGCUUCCAGCUUGCACGCUUUGAGACCGGGUGCAAGGACACAACUCAGUAUAAAAGCAAAACAACUGCCGCAUAUAGUUGUAUGAGCAACGAGUGAGGACGAAACUUCUUUUGUGCAUGCACUUUUUGUAAUAGCCCAACACUUCUACAAAAAUGGUACCGUCACAGUCAAAUCCAGACGACAGUCCACGACGAGGUUGACUGCAGUGUGCUGGGCGAAUUUGGCGGCUUCUACACGCUCGUUUCCACUCCACUUUUUUCCGGAAACAGUCUGAAGAGCAUGCGUGAGACGUAUGGUUUCCUUUUCGCCAGUGUAUCAACCACGAGCCGUCCGCUGGUGUCGCAGAGCGCGGCUUAGUAAAUGUUUCAGCUGAGAAAACGAGUGUUUCCGCUGCAUCUGCUUGGGGCAAACGACGAGUCAUGCCUCACUGGAGGAGAGAACGUGCGUUGUCAAGACUGCCUCUUGGAUCACCAGGCUGUACGCCUGCCUAGAAAUCAGCGACUUGUGUGCCGACAGAUUGACACCACGAAAAUCGAACUGAACACACCGUAUCCGAAA